AUGUGGGCCGUGGCGCGGGUCUACUCGGGGAUGUCCGCGCGGGCAUCCCGCAGCUUCGCCACCAAGGAGCUGCUCUCUGUGUCGGAUGUGCGGAAGGGCAUGAUCCUCAGGAUGGAGGACAAGUACUGCCAGGUGAAAGACUGGCAGCAGCACAAGCAGGGCCGCGGAGCUGCGUCCUUCCACCUGACGUGGGAUGAGCUGGAGACGGGCAAGGAGCAGAUGCGGAAGUUCGGCGCCGGCGUGCGCUUCACCAAGGUGGAGCCUGACCGGCAGUCCUUGCAGGUGAUGUACGUGAAGGGCUCUGGUUCAGAGGAGAAGAUUGUGGUCCUUGCCGAUGAGGACUACAACGAGCUUGAGAUCCCGUUGGCGAGAUUUCAUGGCUCGAAGAUUGACGAGGGUGCAACGGUGACCCUUUGGAAGGACGACGAGGAGAUCGUAAAGGUGACCGUGAAGCACUGA